CAACUAUGGUUGGUAACCCCGCUCCCGCUUGGUGCGUCCUUCUAUGGGCACAUGUUGGUUGGGCAGCUUUGCAGCACGCUUGCAAAGGCCAGUGACGAGAACGAGAGCUGAGGCCACUGCCCGCUCGCCUGCCUCAACCCCCAACCCUCCUCCCUUGCUCCUGUGGCGCGCCUUGUCCUCGCCAAACCCCAACCGCACCACUCGUACGGCUUUGCUUUCCACCUACACCUCCCAGGCAUCACACGCACCCCACCUUUCGAGCCGGUGCUCCCUUCAAGACCGUGACUGCAGGAUCCCCACAUCGCAGUGGCAACAUGGCAUCGCCAAACCACAAUUCGCUUGCAGCCUACCUCCUCGACCUCUCCACGCUCUGUCUCCCGUCCUCCCAGCGCCGGUGGAGACGGCCAGCGUUCGACCCUUUCAGCCCAGAGCACGACGCACCGGCCUGCCACCGGGUAGGGCGCCCGCGCCAGCACCGUGCUGCUGCGAGCCACGAGGAAGCCAGCCUGCUCGGCUCUGACGGCUCGUUCUCCGGUUCGGAAGACGAGGGGGGGGAUGGGGAGGAUGAAGGCAGCGGUCCAUCUUUCGCUGGGCCUUCGGCGGGAGCGUGGCGCCGCAGUCGCGCCGCGACGGUGCGCCAGACGGCAACAUCAACCGUCGCGCGGCGCACAAAGGCCUGGAACCCUUUUUUCUCCUUCCUUCCUUGCUCCUCCUCUUCAACAUCAGCAGUAGCCACGAACAGCGCAUCAGAGCCGGACGCGCUCGGCGCCGCCACAACCACAGACGAGUUCGACGAUGCGGACGCCAUCUCGAUGCUGUCCGACAUUGUGCACCGCGACGCACGGCGGCGCGCGGCGCGCAUGCCGCGGCGGGGGCUCGCGCGUUUCGGCCACCCGUUGUACGCGUGGCCGUGGGACACCCGCGGUGUAGGCAGCAUGGCCUGCGGCUUGUUCGGCCGCACGAAGGCCCAGAUCAGGGCCGAGCAGGGGCGCCGCGUCCGCACGCAGCGCAGAACACAGCGCACAGCGGCAACGGCAACGCUGGCGUCGGCUUCUCAAUUGGAGGGCGCAGCGCAACCUCCUGGCUCGCUGUCUGCUGCCACGCUGCAAGGCUAUGAAGGCCUCGUGGUUGACAGUGACGCAGCGGCGCUCGACGAAGGCGCGAUAGCCUCACUGGCGAGGGGAGAACAGCCUGACAUGACUGCCGCCGCGGCGCGAGUGCAAACUUUGGCGGCACCCGCGCCCGCAGUUCAGCCCGAGCGGUCCAAGCCAGAUCCCGCCGAAUAUACAACAGGAGAAGCUGAAACUGAAGCAGUGCUCGCACACCAGGCGGAGGAAGAGGCGCGGCUGGCAGAGCAGGAAGAGGAGGAGGUGAAUCGCACAAGGCAGGCGGCAAGGGAGAAGGCGCUGCGCGCUGGACUUGUGCCGCACAACCCGCCAAGUGGUGGGGCUGAGCAAGAGAACACAGUUGGCCCUCCUGCAGCUGUGGCCACAAUCGCAGAACAGGAGGCAGAGGCAGAGACAGGCCGCGGUGCGGAUCAACGGGCCCCACGGCCAGAGGAGAAGGCGGCUGCACAGCCCCCGUUCGACGCCAGCCCUGGCGGCGCGACAGCUGCAGCUGCCGAUCCCCACGAGCCAUUUACGGAGGGUCCAGCGCCAAACCAUCAGCUUCAUUCCGUCCAGCCUCCGUGUCCGGCUACAGAGGCACCAGAUGCAUCCGAUAUGAAUGAGGAACCUGUCGAGUCCCUCGAGGCACCACGCACACCAGACACCCCCCUCGCCAAAGUUGUCGUGGCCACCGAUGCUGCAAAGCAUGCCGACGAGCUUGAACAUGCUUUCUCGCACGCGAGCAGCGACAUCAGAGACUCACCGAGCAAGUCUGCCUCCAAAUCCAGGCACGGGCACGGGUAUCGCUCCAGCAAGUCGGUCUCCAAGCGGCGCUACCUGACCGAGGCGGAAGCGGAAGCGGCAGCCGGCGGAUUCGACCUCGGGUACGACCUGGGCGAUGCCGCUGCCGGCUCGAGCGAGGCGCAGGCACUCGCACAAGAGCAGCUGGACGAGUUUGGCUUCACGCAAGAUGAUGUCCGGCGCGCCACCGCGGCGUACGAGCUGGAGCAGGAGCAGCACGAUCGCGAAAGACUGCGCCAAGGGCUCCCUGCGUCCGCCGCCGAAGUCGUGCACCACCACCAUCAUUACUACGACGAGCGCGGCGAGCCGUAUCAGCAGCGUGCAUUCGGCCGCGACGGAGAGCAGCUCGAUGGCGACGGGGACGCUGCGAGACUCAGAGUCGUCGAUGUGCAUGACGAUGACGACGACGACGACGCACAGCCGCUGUCACCCGCGGCACUCGGCCUGGUCCCCGCCGCGCACCAUUCGCUGCACCACGCGGGCUUGGACGCGUGUGGCGCGCCUGCAACCGCGAUACCGGCCGAAAACGGCGACGACUUGGGCGAGAGGACGCUGCAACCAUGGUUGGCGAUCGAGGAGGACGAGGACGAUGCCGAUAUCGCCGGACUCGGGUUCAGCAAAAAGCACUCGCGUAAGGGCCGCGGUGGCCGGCAGCGCUCGACAUGUGGCAGCGUCUCCGCCGGUACAGGCGACGGUGGCGAUGGCGAGGGAAGCAGCGCCGACGGGCGCAGCGGAAGCGGAAGCGGCAGUGGCACACGCAAAACUGGCAGUAGCGGCGGACUGCGCUACGGCUUGCAGUUUCAUCACCAGCAGCGCGAGCAGCGCCGCAAGGCUGCCUCCGCUUCCGCCGCUGGCGGCGGCGGUGAAGCAGCGACAGCGGACACAGCACUCAGAGCGCCGGCGUUGCAAAGCUCAGCAGCAGCGCCAGUGGAAGAGGGGCGCAUGGGCUAUCACGAGCGUCCGCGGCGGGGCCACGCGUCGAGCGCCAAGAGCGAUGCCGGUAGGCCUCCUGGCACGACUGACGGGCGCGGGCCCUCGCACUCUCGCAGUGGCAGUACAGAGAGCACGCCACUAUCGCCGACGUUCCGGCCAGAGUGGGCCGGCAGCUUCGAUCCCGACGUAGGGGACUUCUAA